CCCUUAAUAAGGUUGUGCCUUGUCUUUGAAAGGUGGGAAGAAGAACGCUAUCCUGAAGGCAUCAAGUGGAAAUUCCUAGAACACAAAGGGCCUGUCUUUGCUCCACCAUAUGAGCCUCUUCCAGAGGGUGUCAAGUUUUACUAUGAUGGUAAGGUUAUGAAGUUGAGUCCCAAAGCAGAAGAAGUAGCUACAUUCUUUGCAAAAAUGCUUGACCAUGAAUAUACUACUAAGGAAAUAUUCAGGAAAAAUUUCUUUAAAGAUUGGAGAAAGGAAAUGACUAAUGAUGAGAAAAAUAUGAUUACCAACUUAAGCAAAUGCGACUUCACACAGAUGAGCCAGUAUUUCAAAGCCCAGUCAGAGGCUCGGAAGCAGAUGAGCAAGGAAGAAAAACAGAAAAUCAAAGAAGAAAAUGAAAAAUUAUUGAAAGAAUAUGGCUUUUGUGUUAUGGAUAAUCAUAGAGAGAGGAUUGCCAACUUCAAGAUAGAGCCUCCAGGGCUUUUCCGUGGCCGAGGUAACCACCCCAAGAUGGGCAUGCUGAAGAGAAGAAUCAUGCCUGAGGACAUCAUUAUCAAUUGCAGCAAAGAUGCCAAGGUUCCUUCUCCUCCUCCAGGACAUAAAUGGAAAGAAGUCCGACAUGAUAACAAGGUUACUUGGCUGGUCUCCUGGACAGAGAACAUCCAAGGUUCUAUUAAAUACAUCAUGCUGAAUCCCAGUUCACGAAUCAAGGGUGAGAAAGACUGGCAGAAAUACGAGACUGCUCGGCGGCUGAAGAAGUGUGUGGACAAGAUCCGAAAUCAGUAUCGGGAAGACUGGAAGUCCAAAGAGAUGAAAGUUCGACAGAGAGCUGUAGCACUGUACUUCAUUGAUAAGCUUGCUCUGAGAGCAGGCAAUGAGAAGGAGGAAGGAGAAACGGCAGACACUGUGGGUUGCUGUUCACUUAGAGUGGAACACAUCAAUCUACACCCAGAAUUGGAUGGUCAGGAAUAUGUGGUGGAAUUUGACUUUCCUGGGAAGGACUCAAUCAGAUACUAUAACAAAGUCCCAGUUGAGAAACGAGUUUUUAAGAACUUACAACUAUUUAUGGAGAACAAGCAGCCCGAGGAUGAUCUUUUUGAUCGACUUAAUGUGAGUAGACACAGGACACUGGUCAGAUACUUCAUGUAUACAUUCUUGGUAUACAAAUUGACUCUGUUACUAUUUUAUUUCUUUACAGCUGAUGAGAAUGUACCAGCAAAGAUUCUAUCUUAUAAUCGUGCCAAUCGAGCUGUUGCAAUUCUUUGUAACCACCAGAGGGCGCCACCAAAGACCUUUGAGAAGUCAAUGAUGAACUUGCAGUCUAAGAUUGAUGCCAAGAAAGACCAGUUAGCAGAUGCUCGAAGGGACCUGAAAAGUGCUAAGGCUGAUGCCAAAGUCAUGAAGGAUGCAAAGACCAAGAAGGUAGUAGAGUCAAAAAAGAAGGCUGUACAGAGACUAGAAGAGCAGCUGAUGAAGCUGGAAGUUCAAGCCACAGAUCGAGAGGAGAAUAAACAAAUUGCCUUGGGAACCUCCAAACUCAAUUAUCUGGACCCUAGGAUCACAGUGGCUUGGUGCAAGAAGUGGGGGGUCCCAAUUGAGAAGAUUUACAACAAAACCCAGAGGGAGAAGUUUGCUUGGGCCAUUGAUAUGACCGAUGAGGACUACGAGUUUUGACCAGUCUUGCCAGGGGUUCUGUGAAAAGGGACAGUGUGGUUUGAGGAAGAUGGAUAAACUGAGCCUCACUUGCCCUCAUGCCUGAGGUAGAGGUCACAAGUCUUAACAAACCAACAUCUUUGCAAAAAGAUAGACCUGGAGAUGUUAUAAGGGAGAGCUGAGCCAGUUGUCCUAUGGACAACUUAUUUAAAAAUAUUUCAGAUAUCAAAAUUCUAGCUGUUUGAUUUGUUUUGAAUUUUGUUUUUGUUUUCGAGAGCAAGUGGAUGGGAAUUUGUCAGCAUCCUGCCAGGCAAAUUCAGUUUUGCUGCAAUGUUUGGAUUCUCUCAGCUACUGUAUGCGAAGUCUGAUUAUAUUGGUGCGUUUUUACAGUUAGGGUUUUGCAAUAACUUCUAUAUUUUAAUAGAAACGAUUCCUAAAUUCCCUCCUCUCCCCAUUUCAGGAAUUUAAAGUUAAGUAGAACAAAACAAAAACCCAGCGCACCUAUUAGAGUUGUCACUCUAUCGUCAUGGGAAUCAGUUUUCAUUAAACUUGAAGCAGUUGUGACAUCGGCAGUGUUUUGGUUCAGACACCUAUUCACAGAAAAGCAUGAUGGGAAAAUAUUUCCUGACUUGAGUGUUCCUUUUUAAAUGUGAAUUUUUAUUUCUUUUUAAUUAUUUUAAAAUAUUUAAGCCUUCUUCUUGAUCUUAAAGAUCGUGUAGCUUGGGGUUGGGGAGGGAUGAAGGGCGAGUGAGUCUAAAGAUAUGAAAUAAUCAGUGACUGAAACCAUUUUCCCAUCAUCCUUUGUUCUCAGCAUUCUUUGUACCCUUUAAGAGAUCCAUCUUUUUCUUUGGAAACCCCAGUCUUUCAUUUGAAAGACUUUAUUGUAUAAAAACUUCCACAGGUCAAUAAAUUUAGAGGAAAAUGAGCAUUUGGUCCAAAAAAAAAAAAAAAAUUUAAAAAACCAAACCCCAAAAAACAAAAAAGAAAAAUAAUCAAGAUUUUAGGGCUUUUAUUUUUCUUUUGUAAUUGUGUAAAAAAUUGAAAAAAAAAAAAACAUAAAAAGCAAAAUUUUAAUGUGAAGACAUUUUUUGCUAUAAUCACUAGUUUUAGAGGCAUUGUUAGUUUAGUGUGUGUGCAGAGUCCAUUCCCUCAUCUUUCCUCAAGUAUCUUCUAUUUUUAUCAUGAAUUCCCUUUUAAUCAACUGUAGGUUAUUUAAAAUAAACUCCUACAACUUAACGGAAA